CUUAAAACCUCUUCGUGUAUAAAUUUUGUCCCCCUCCCAAAAAAUUCCUGGCUCUGCCCCGUUCUCCAAACGCAACAACCAGGCACGGCCGAAAGAAAUAAAGAGGAAAUCACUUGAUACACAAAGAUACAAAGAAAGGGAGACCACAAGUGUGGAUGUUGAAGGGACUGGAGGAGGUGGCGCGAGAUGAGCUUUUGGAUGCAAAACUGGAGCAUCCUUUGGUGGAUAGCGUCAAAUUAAACAUGGAAACACGUCACCCCAUGGGAAAGAAGAUGAUACAAAUCCCGGACCGGAGCUCUCCAAACACAACUACUUGGUAUUCACGCAUGGCACUGGCGGCACUAGUGAUGGCACUGAUAGCAUCCAAGAACCUCGUGAACCCACCCGGCGGCAAGUGGAAGGAAGACACGCCAUUUCACAAGGCAGGUGAUGUUGUGAUCGCAUCGACUCGCCCAAAUAUAUACAAAUAUUUGAUGCUAACUAACAUGGUAGCACUUAGUUCCGCGCUCCUCACAAUCUUCCUGAUCGCCAUUGGAUGGCCAACGAGAAACAUUCGUCUAAGGUGGAUGGCCAAGUCUGCUAUGUGGGUGUCAUUGAUAGCUAUCGCGGUGAGUUAUGUAGGAUCGACAAUGGCGAUUGCUCCCAACACGAAAUUCAAAUCAGUCAAUCCUAUUGUUCUGAUAGCAGUAAUGCUUGUGUCCAUUGGCAUUACUCUUGUCAUAUCGGCCUUUCACCUCUAAUAUUGUUGUACUCUUUCUGUCCCAAUUAAGAUGACUCCUUUUUUUUCGCACUUAAUUUGGAAAAGUAAUACUCCCUCCAUCCCGCAUUAACUCUCACACUUGCGUUUCUGCACUCAUUUUGUAAAAAUGAUAAUAAAUAGUUAAAGUCGAUAAAUAGUAAAAUAAGAGAGAGAAUAAGGUAGAGAAAGGUCUUCUUUACAUUAUUCUGUCUCUUCUUUUACUAUUUUUUCACUUUAACUAUUUAUUAUCAUUUUUACAAAAAAAAAUUCAGAAACGCAAGUGUGACAGUUAAUGCAGGACAAGAAAGGGGUCAUCUAAAAUGGGACGGAGGGGAGUACUUGGACGGAAGAUGAAAAAAAUAAGAGUGGAGAAGACCUUACUGUUGGUUCAUCUACCAAAAUACAAAGGGAAUGAAAUUAAUAUGCGUAUAAAAUGUGUAAUAUAUGUGUGUAGUGUGUGUUAUGUUUGUGUUUGGGUGUGAAAGUGUGUAUUAUCUUUUGUACUAUGUGCGUAGUGUGUGUGAAAGUGUGUGUUAUCUGUUGUAUGUGCGCAGUGUGUGUAAUUAUGUGUUGUGUGUGUGAAAGUGUGUACUAUGUGUUGUGUGUGUGCAAGUGUGUGCAAAGAAUAUUGAAUUGAAACAAUAUAAUUUUGUUAUUUUAAAAUCUAAAACAAGAAGAAAUGAGAAUGGAAUGGUUCCCUCGUUCCAUUACGUUCUCUUAUUUUGUUCCAUCAUAUCAAGCACGGACUUAGAGGCAUAGGUUUAGCUUUGCAACAGUUAGUUCUUGCAACAUUGUUUCAUUUCAGACACUGAUAUAUAUUGUAUGUGCUUUCUUUUGUAUUAAGGCUGCAUAUUUUAUGUGUAACAAGAUGUGAUAUCAUGAGCUAAGUACCAACUUUACAAGCAUAUUUAUAAGAAUAUGUCACUAAAUUGCAGAGGA